CCACCAUCCCGCUCUCCUCCUCACACGAAUCCCCUAACUUGAUCUACCCUGGCGUCCACCAUGAUGGAAUCACGCACCGAGUCUGGAGGGGUCAUCCCGAUGGACUACGAAUGGCACGGCGGAAGCGCAGGCCCGGUCGAUUUCACCUCUCCCUUCUCACAAGUCAGGAAGCAGCAGCAAGACAACAAGAAGCGAUCCCAUCAAAUCUUCGAUUCCCCUGACAAGCCAACCGUGCCAGCUCUCCGCCCUCCAAACUCGCAAUCCUCCUUCCUUUUCUCCCCGCAACGGCCACAAUCAGCACUCCCGUCGCAGUCGUCGGUAUUUGGACAACCAGCAUUCACGACGCCGCGGAAACUGGAAGUGGAUCUGUCAUCGGGUGCGGAGAAUUUGUCUUCGCCGGAGGUAGCUGAUAACGAGGAGACUCCGGAGCAACAGUCGAAGGGCACGCGACGCAAUUCACUGUUCAAUAUCUACGGCCGCUUUGCUCCUAGCCCGGGCAGGGGGGAGAUCCCACGGACGAACCACUUUUCCAAUGCGGUGGCGCGACGGAUAUACAAGAAGCGACGACGGGAUAAGGCGCUUGGGAGGAGAAUGCGGGUGGAUGAUGAAUACGACGAUGAUGAGAGCGACAGGCCCAGCAGUAGCGAAGGACGGCCAACAAGAACUGGGAAACAAGAACCAAAAACGGACGUCCAGAAGGCACCCUCGAACAUGUCGUUCUUCAAGCAGUUGUUGACUCUGCUGGAAGAACAUCCCAACGUACCUGCUAUCUUGUCAUGGUGGGCGCAGCUUGUCGUGAACUUAUCCCUGUUCUCGCUUGCUGUGUGGAUGGUCUUCUCGUUCGUGUCUGAGAUCCGCAAUGAGUUCGAUGCCGUGGCGAGCAAAGAGAUGGACUCCAUUCUGCACAGCAUCGCCGAGUGUAUGCAGCGAUAUGAAGACAACAAAUGCGCGGCUGGGAACCUCGUACCAGGUCUCGUGCCUAUAUGCGCCGCGGACAGAAAGUGCAUGGACACCGAUCCGACCCAUGUCAGACGGGCGAUGCUAUCGGCCAGGACGAUGGCUCAAAUCAUCGACAGCUUCAUUGAGCCUAUUUCCUGGAAAGCUAUUAUUAUCUUCCUAGCCACUAUUGGUACCGUGGCCUGGGCCAGUAAUUGGUCCUUCCGCUCCUUCAGAAACAACCGCCUCAACCAGGGCUACCCACAGCACGAUUAUCCACCUCCACCAUCAUAUCACCAAAACAUGCACGGCCAACCCCUCCAUCUGCAACAGAACCCGGCAUACGGCUUCUACGGCCAACAAGACCCACGGGCCUCGCCGACAAAGAACUACACCGAGAGACAAGAAGCCCCGCUCAUGCUUGAAAACACCCGACCUAUGGACUUUGUCACUGAGCGCUCUCAUGAACGUGAGAGUCACCUCCGUACGCCGAGUCCUUCGAAGCGUAUGCAUCGACAAUUCGCAUAGUGUAUUUCCGACGGACUUUUGCCCUAUCAUGGGUAACUUCUAUUUGGCGUCUUUUCUUUGGAGCGGUUCUCGUUCUUGGUUUCGGCAGCAUAAGAGGUCGCAUGGAUCAGGAUGGUUUAUGGUUUGGGGCUGGAUCGGACGGUAUUGGCGUUGUUCUUUUUGCACAUUUCUUGUAUACCAUUAUUGGGUGUUUGAUUCUCUUCCGGUUUGAUUCUUGUAUUUUCUUGGUUUGUCUUGUUGAUGGUAGCUCCACGCUUUCUCUUGUACUCUUUUGUUUACCUCUAUCAUUGGUAUAUCCGAUGCGGACCUUCUCUGGCAAUAUUAUUGUCUGUCGAUCAGAUUAAUUCUAGAC